GUGCGAAACGUCACUGCUUGCGGUGUCCAUAUUUAACUCAGUGCCCAGGAUAUUCGUUUUACGACCUUUGACUUUUCUGGUGGACCUUUUGUCUAUCAUAGAAUUUAGAUAGCUGUUUGCACGCUGAUCUCAACCAGACUGGCGGAGUACGUAUUCAAGGUACCACCUUGCCGGUUCUCAGACGAGGCUGGCAAUUUUGCUCGGUUUAACCGUUGCUUUUGGGUCCUUGAAAAAAUAUUCCGUCCUGAAUGGUUGCGCAGCAGCCUGUGCCGACGAGUGGUUGACCAUUUCAUCGACCUCUUGAUGCAGUUGACGCCUUGGAGGCACCCAGUUCCGAUUUUCGCAAGAAGCUGGUACUCUUUACGGCUUAGCCGUGACAUCUGGAUCCUCUAAGAAGUCUCAAGAGACAUUGUGGAGAAAUCACCAUGUCUCAGUCUACGACUAGCAACAGCAUGCCCCCAGGCCACCAUGCUGAUGCCCCCCCAAAGGCAUCUGAGGACCCAAGCAAACGACCCCUCGCUACCGUCAAAUCCUGGGCGAAGCCCUGUGCGGUAAUGUAUGGCGGUGCAAUGGAUGGCCCCCUCAUUUGCGGCAAGGCGCUCGGAGUGUCAACCGACACAAACACGAGCCUCCUCUUAUCUACAACGGCCGACACGAAUCCGUGGAUGGGCUUCCAGCUCGAGUUCCCCCUUGACCCAAACAACGAGGAUGAGGGCUUUGGUAUCCGUUUCCAGAUUGACCGAUCACUUGGCAUGUAUGGACUCCCCAGACCGACCGAGAAGCACAGGGUGGUGAUCAAGUUCCCUCGCUGCCAAUUCGUGCAUUUCUUCCAACCCCUUGAUGCUAGCAGAUAUAACCCAUGAAUUCCAG